GGGAGUCGGUAAAGACCACGACGUUUCCCUAGCACAGUCUAGUUUAAGCAAAAUUCUUACUGAAGUGCUGGAAAUCUUUGAGAAGCAUCUGUGCCCAAAGUGGAUUCAAGUAGCAAAGACAGCCGAAGAAAAAAGAAAAAUUGCCAAGCUUUAUAUGUAAGGCAUGGCUUUCCCGGUGUAAUGGGAUGCAUUGAUGGAACGCAUGUGCGAAUCAUAGCACCCACUGAAAAUAAACAUCUUUACUAUAAUAGAAAGGGAAAAUACAGUUUAAAUGUGAUGCUUCUCUGUGAUCAUGAACUAAAAGUCCGCUACGUGGAUGCAUCCCACCCCGGUGCUUCCCACGAUUCCUUUAUUUGGAAUACAAGUGAUUUAAGAGCACACUUUGAGCAGGAUUACUUGCGAGGAGUAACCAACUUUUGGCUACUAGGAGAUGCUGGUUGCCCUUUAGAGCCAUGGCUCUUGACACCACACAGGGUUCCAAACGAAGGCUCUACUGAAAGUAGAUUUAAUGAAGUGCACUCGAAGUGCCGCAACGUAAUUGAACGCACAAAUGGUGUGUUAAAGGGUAGAUGGAGGUGUCUUCUCGGUGCGAGAGAGCUCCAUUACACUCCAAAGAAGGCGGCAAAAAUUGUCAAUGUUUGUUGUGCAAUACACAACAUUUGUAUACAUUACAAAGCAGAUUUCAGCGAGCAAAACGCUUUAACACAACCGCAGUAUAUAAAUGCAGCGCAGAGAGUACGAAGCGAUAUCGGGCUGAACUUAUAGAAUUCUGCGAACAAAUUCCACAUAAAUUUAAAUAGUAAG